AUGGAAUCCCCGAUCCAAAAACCAUCUCCCACUCAUGCAAGCAAGCCGAGUUUUGCGACAUCGGUCAAUACCUACCUGAGUGACAGCACCUUGGACUGGAGCAAGUCUUCCGAGAAAGCCGAUGUUGAGGCUCAAAAUAGGCCACGAAGGAGCUUUUCAUCAAUACGAUACCUCAUUCUCACAAUCUAUCGCCGCCUGUUCUCGUUGGUAUAUUGUGCCAAUGCAGUCGCAUUCGUUAUUGUUAUGAUAAGGAGCCAACAGAAACUUCUUGCAUUCAUCAACGCAGCAGGCAUCAACUUGUUGGUAUGCGGUCUUGCUCGACACCCGCUGGUGGUUAAUGCCAUCUUCCGGGGCAUAUGCUGCAUUUCACCGUCAGCUCCUCUCUGGCUACGCAAGAGGGCUGCUGAAGCAUAUCAAUACGGUGGAGUCCAUAGCGGAUGCGGGUUGGCAGCCUUCUUAUGGUAUGCGGGCCUCGUGGCUCUGAUAUCAAAGGAGUAUUGGUUGAAUGAAGACUCGCGGACGGUCACUGUCUCGGUGAUUGUUCUAUCCUAUGCAUUACUCGUUGAUCUUGUAGCCAUUAUUGCGGUGGCGUAUCCUACAUUCCGAGCGAAACUCCACAACUAUUUUGAACUCAUCCACCGAUUUGGCAGUUGGUUAGCAGUAGCUCUGUUCCUAGCCCUCCUGUUGGUCUUCUCGGAUCAAGCAAGACAUUCGCAACGCUUAUCUCUCGGACAAUACCUGCUCAGGCUCCCCGCAUUUUGGUUCAUCCUGGUCAUCGUUGUCUCCAUCGUCCAUCCGUGGCUCCUUCUUCGCCGGGUACAAGUUUUGCCAGAGCAUCUCUCAUCGCAUGCUAUCCGACUCCAGUUUGAUCACACAUCUACUGCAUUUGGUAAAGUGCUAGCACUUUCCAACCAUCCUCUCAAGGAUUGGCACAGCUUUGCAACUUUCCCCAAUCCCGAUGGUAGGAGCUUUUCCUGCAUAGUAUCCAAGGCAGGCGAUUGGACAACCCAGUGCAUUGAUCAGAAACCAACCCACCUUUGGAAGCGUGGAGUGCUCAUGUAUGGCUUUAUUCACGUUAUGCGGGUUUUCCGCCGAGUGGUUGUGGUUGCCACGGGAUCAGGAAUCGGGCCAUGUCUCUCGUUUUUGAGCGAGAAAAAUCGCCCGCAGUUGCGAGUUAUCUGGCAGACACGAAAUCCCAGCCGAACGUACGGCCCAGACGUUCUCGGCCUUGUGCAUCAGCUCGAUCCCAACCCACUUAUCGUGGACACCAGCACCAGCGGCCGAAUGGACAUGGUGCCAAUUAUCCAAGAGCUCGUCCGAGAAAUUGAUGCGGAGGCUGUGUGUGUGAUCAGCAAUGCGCGGCUUACGAAACAAGUGGUCUUUGAGCUCAAGGCAAGUGGAGUAAUUGCCUUUGGACCAAUCUUCGAUUCUUAA